CUUUUUUAGGGCCAGAGUUUAGGUUUUCUCUUCAUCUCAGGUUUCUUCGUUGGCAUCUAACAGAGCAAUUGCAGAAUAACAGAGGGACAGAGCUAGAGGCACAAAGCACUGACUGGCGAGGAGGCAGGGCGAAGGAGCGGAGGAGCCGAGGCGGGCACCGCGAAGCGGCCGGCGGCGACCGUAUCAAUCGAGCCGGAGGAGGUCCACCAUCGGCGUCGCAGGCGAUGCUGGCUUUCCAGUUUCCGACCAGGUUUUGGGUUCUGUACCGAGCCAAACAGGAUGGACCUGUAGUAUUGUUGAGAUGGCAUUAUCUGACUUCGAGAACCCUCUUUCAUCGAGACCCACCUCUUUCUUCAACCUUACUUCCAAUCCCAAUCCCGUUUCAUUCCCGCGCACAAAUUACAAUCCCCUUUUCUUCUUCUUCUUCUUCUUCUUUCCAUAUACAAGAAGCUUCUCCUUCUAGUGUGUUCCAAUCCCAAAGGCUUCAUUUGAUCGGAGGAAACAUAUGUUUCCAAACUGGGAAAUUGUUCUGCUCAGUAUCUGCGGAGAAAUUUAAGUGCUGGAACUGUAACUCUGUGGGAACAAGUAACCACCCAUUUCUUGUCUGUGAAGCUUGUGGCAGCGUUCAACGUGUCGAUCAAUCCAUUGAUUAUUUCCAAAUUUUUGGAUUGGAGAAAAAAUAUGAUAUCGAGGGGGAGAAUCUCGAGCGCAAGUACAAAGACUGGCAGAGGAAGCUGCAUCCUGACUUAGUUCAUACAAAAUCUGAGAAAGAAAAGGAGUUUGCUGCUGAACAGUCUGCCCGUGUAAUUGAUGCAUAUCGGACACUUACAGACUCGUUGUCAAGAGCAAUAUAUAUUGCGAAGUUAGAAGGUUGGAAUAUAGAUGAAGAAGAAAGGAUUUUGGACCCAGAGUUACUAGCGGAGAUUAUGGAAAUCAGGGAAGCGAUUGAAGAAGCGGGAGACUCGCAGGCGCUGAAACAUAUUCAGGCACAGAUACAGGAAGAGUUUGAAGAGUGGUCGAAAUCUUUUGCAAUCGCGCUUGAAAAUAGAGAUGGUGAAGAAGCUGUGUCAUGUAUCAGAAGAAUGACAUACUACAAGAGGGCAAAUGAAGAAAUCAUCAAAAAACUGUGAGAACUGGAAACACCAUUCCAACAUUGCUCAUUUGCUGGGGAUGGGAUUUACAUUGAAGAGUAGUUUCUUACUGACCAAACAUUUAUUUAUAAUUAUAGUUAAAUUGUCUUUAUGGAACAUUAACAUGCUAAUAAGGACAGACAGGAUUGUUUUAGGCAUCUCAGAAUAAAAAUUUUCUUGGUUGAGUGAUACUGUUAUCAAAGGCUAGUAAUUAAUCACCAA